GUGUCCUGACUCCUCCCUCAGUUCAGUUUGGUGUCCAUUCAGCCUCCCUUCUCUGCUUCUCUUCUCAACUCAGUCAUCUCUUAAUACCACAGAGAGGAUCAGCCUUUCACCUCAACAGAAUGCCUUUCGGAGGAGGAAACAAGUGCGGCUGCUGCCAGAAAACAGUCUACUUUGCUGAGGAAGUGCAGUGUGAGGGGAAAAGCUGGCAUAAAUCCUGUUUUCUGUGCAUGGUCUGUAAGAAGAACUUGGACAGCACAACAGUGGCUGUUCAUGUGGAUGAGAUCUACUGCAAAUCAUGCUAUGGCAAGAAAUAUGGGCCAAAAGGCUACGGCUUCGGAGGUGGAGCCGGCACUCUGAGUAUGGACACAGGAGAAGGACUUGGAAUCAAGCCUGAAGUCUCUGUUUUUUUCUUGACAGUCAAGCUCCUCAUCGCCCUACAAAUAACCCCAAUGCCUCGAAGUUUGCCCAGAAAGCAGGGGGUUCAGAUGUGUGCCCUCGAUGUGGGAAGACAGUGUAUGCAGCGGAGAAGGUUAUUGGAGGGGGCAAUUCCUGGCAUAAAGGCUGCUUUCGCUGUGCCAAGUGUGGCAAAGGACUUGAGUCCACGACCGUCGCUGAUAGAGACGGAGAAAUCUUCUGUAAAGGUUGCUAUGCAAAGAACUUUGGUCCCAAGGGGUUUGGUUUUGGUCAGGGUGCAGGAGCUCUGGCUCAUUCCCAGUAAAGCCCGAAGCUUCAACCCACCUGGGACUGACAUCUGCGCUCUGAUAUCAUCGCUUCCAGGAUGCUUCAGUCAAUAUCUAGCCUAUUUUACUCUGCCCUUUCAUUCCAGCUAAAGGCAAAGAGGAAUGAAAGAAGCACACAGCACACAGCUUUUUUUAUGAGUUCACCAAGUAGAUGUUGCUUAAAUGUGUUGUAUUUGGAAAUUAUGUCUUUUUUUGACUGGUUAAAAAACAAGAUAACACUUAUAACACACUGAAUUCUAACAGUGUUGCGAUGUGCACAUUGUUUGUUCAAACUGAGUGGUUAACAGCAAGCUGGCUCCAUUCUUAGACAAACUAUUACAAAUUAAACUAUGUGGCUGCAGUACUAAGAGACACUUGCACUGUAAUAACAGAGCUCGGUAUGGUGAAUGCUUAAUUUGAUUAAUAUCUGAAUAUGUUGGGUGAGCGAGAACAAAAUAAGUUUAAAGACAGACAGCAGUGAAAAAACUGCAUCACAGUAUGUUUGAGUUACACUCAAGAUGAAGCCUUCCUUUCUUCUUUACAUGUCAGAUGGUGUACAUACAGUCGUAAGAUUGCAAUGCAUUAUUGCUGAGACACAAAAUAAAUAUCAAGCAAAAGAAAAUA